AUGGCGGCUACAGGACCAAAUCUCAAGUUCCUUCUAAAUAUAGUAUUUUUACUUGUCGUAACGAACAUCCACCCAUCAUUGUCUAGCGAAUACUCGGGCAUUCUAUCAAAUCUGUAUAGACAAGCCGCCGAACAGAACCGCCCACUGGUCUCCAACAGAAACUCAGAUAAUAGCGCAAGAAAUGAUGGAGAUAGUAAUAAUAGAGGUGACAGUAACUCCAAUAGCAACAACAGGUUAAGCAGUAACUACAGGAGCAACAACAGAAAUGACAAUGACUUCAAUAACAACAACAGGGAUGACAGCAACUCCAAUAGUAACAACAGGUUAAACAGUAACUACAGGAGCAACAGUAGGAGUAAUAGCAACUACAAUAACAACAACAGGAAUGACAAUAACAACAAUUACAGGAAUGACAAUAACAACAACAGGGAUGAUAGCGACUCCAAUAGUAACAACAGGUUAAACAGUAACUACAGGAGCAACAGUAGGAGUAAUAGCAACUACAAUAACAACAACAGGAAUGACAAUAACAACAAUUUCAGGAAUGACAAUAACAACAAUUUCAGGAAUGACAAUAACAACAACAGGGAUGACAGCGACUCCAAUAGUAACAACAGGUUAAACAGUAACUACAGGAGCAACAGUAGGAGUAAUAGCAACUACAAUAACAACAACAGGAAUGACAAUAACAACAAUUACAGGAACGACAAUAACAACAACAGGGAUGACAGCGACUCCAAUAGUAACAACAGACUAAACAGUAACUACAGGAGCAGCAGUAGGGGUAACAGUAACUACAAUAACAACAACAGGAAUGAUUACAAUAACAACAACAGGGAUGACAGCAACUCCAAUAGUAACAACAGACUAAACAGAAAUUACUGGAGCAUCAGUAGGGGUAAUAGCAACUACAAUAACAGGAAUGACAAUGACAACAACAACAGGAAUUACAAUAACAACAACAGGGAUGGCAAUAACAACAACAGGAAUGACAAUAAUAACAAAAACAACAACAACAGGAAUGACAAUAACAACAACAACAGGAAUGACAAUAAAAACAACAGGGAUGACAGCGACUCCAAUAGUAACAACAGAUUAAACAGUAACUACAUGAGCAACAGUAGGGGUAAUAGCAACUACAAUAACAGGAAUGACAAUGACAACAACAACAACAACAGGAAUUACAAUGACAACAACAACAACAGGAAUUACAAUAACAACAACAGGGAUGGCAAUAACAACAACAGGAAUGACAAUAAUAACAAAAACAAGAAUGACAAUAAAAACAACAGGGAUGACAGCGACUCCAAUAGUAACAACAGACUAAACAGAAACUACAGGAGCAACAGUAGGGGUAAUAGCAACUACAAUGACAGGAAUGACAAUGACAACAACAACAACAGGAAUUACAAUGACAACAACAAGAAUGACAAUAAGGAAGACAAUAACUACAAUAGCAACUACGGGUACAAUAACUACAAUAGCAACAACGGGUACAAUGACUACAAUAAUAACAAUAGGGGUGACAAUGACAACAACAACAACAGGGGUGACAGUAACUACAAUAACGAAAGCAGCAAUAGAGGAAAUUCCUACAAUAGUAACAACAACGACAGAAACAGCAACAGGAAUGAUAAUGAUUAUAGAAGCAAUUACCGAGGUGAUAACAGCAAUAGGAUUGAAUCUAGCAACAAAAAUGAUAUUAACGACAACAGGCCUGAAAGCAAAGGUAGGUAUCAAAACGAUUUACUCAAAUCGCCUUUAGUGGAAACUCUUAUGCAGAUUUCCAGCGAUUUGAGGCAGGGUAAGGAUUCUUGUGGCGAUGACGACGGCAAAGAAACUACUACCACGUUGCGUCCUGAAGAGGAAGAUGAUGCAUGUGAUCAAUCUAAUAACUCCUGUGAUGAUGAAGGAACUGGUGGUGACGGAAAUCCCAGCACGAGAGGAGAGCCUUAUGUUGAAGGCGAAGGCAAUGGCAAUGGAAAUGGAGGUGGCAAACGUGGAAAAUAUUACAAAUGA